GUCAAAAUUUCGGAGCAAAUCGAAGAAAAAGAUGACAAAAAUUGGUAACAUCGAUAUCUGGUGGCAUCAACAUCGAUGACAAAAAUAUCGAAUAUCGAAUACAAAACAUCGAUGUUUACAGAACAUCGAUGAACAUCGCGCAUCACUAGUUCUAACCCUAACCUAACCUCAUAUUUUCUGAUUACUAAUUAAUUACCAUCUACAUCAUCAUAGAAAUUUUAUGGUGAUAUCUCAGUUGCUCACCAUAUUUCUCAUCCAAAAUAAAAUACAUUGGCAGAAAAAUUAUGUCGGAAAAAUUGGCAAAUAACGUCGAAAAAGUAUCCAUCCAGGAGAACCAUUCGGACAAACCCUACCAAGGCAAAGACGAAGACGAUUUCGUAGAUCCUUGGAAUGUGGUGAGCAAGUCGGAUACAGGGGUAGACUAUGAUAAAUUGAUUGUGCGAUUUGGUAGCUCCAAAAUUGACGAUGAACUUUUGGCACGAUUUGAAAAAGUCACAGGCAAACCAGUACACCAUUUGCUGAGAAGAGGAUUCUUUUUCUCUCACAGAGACAUGCAUUCCAUUUUAACUAGAUAUGAACAGGGUAAACCCUUCUACCUCUACACAGGCAGAGGACCUUCAUCCUCCUCGAUGCACGUUGGGCAUUUGAUUCCUUUCACUCUCUGCAAAUGGUUGCAAGACAUUUUCAACUGUCCUCUUGUUAUUCAAAUGACUGAUGACGAGAAAACAUUGUGGAAAGACUUGUCUGUUGAAGAAGCCUAUAAAAUGGCAUUGGAGAAUGCUAAAGAUAUUAUAGCUUGUGGCUUCGAUAUCAAUAAAACUUUUAUUUUUUCGGAUUUUACUUAUAUUGGGCAAAGAGCCGAAUUUUACCGUAACAUGAUCAGAAUCCAGAAGUGUGUUACUUUCAAUCAAGUGAAAGGUAUUUUUGGAUUUGACGACAGUACAGUUAUUGGGAAAAUUGCUUUUCCGGCAGUUCAAGCUACACCGUGCCUGUCCACUUCGUUUCCGGACAUUUUCGGCACUCAAAAAAUCCCUUGCUUAAUUCCUUGUGCUAUUGAUCAAGAUCCAUAUUUCAGGAUGAGUAGAGAUGUUUGUCCUAGAAUUGGUUUCGACAAGCCUGCCUUGUUGCACUCAAAAUUUUUUCCUGCCUUGCAAGGAGCCCAAACGAAAAUGUCAGCAUCGGAAGCUAACAGCACCAUUUAUGUGAAUGAUACACCAAAACAGUUGAAAAAUAAAAUUAACAAGCAUGCAUUUUCUGGUGGACAAGUUACAGUGGAAGAGCAUAGAAAAAUCGGAGGAAACUGUGAUGUAGAUAUAGCAUAUCAGUAUUUAAGGUUUUUCUUAGAAGAUGACAAAAAAUUGGAAGAAAUCAGGAAAAACUAUACUAGUGGCGAAUUAUUAACAGGAGAACUCAAAAAGAUCCUUAUAGAUAUCCUUACACCCAUUCUACAAGGGCAUCAAGAUAAUAGGGCGAAAAUUACGGAUGAAACACUUCAGACUUUUAUGACACCAAGAAAACUGUGCAUUUAAUAUAAAUUCAAUUAGUGUUAGAUAGUUCAAUUCUUCGAUUUUACAUUAUGAUAAUUUUUUAAUGAUGAUGACAUACUAAAUUGACUCUCUUUUGUAAGCUAAAAAAAUUAACUUAGUUUGUAUAAUAGUGGCUUUUACAGUGAUUAUUUUCUGUUGGUCAUUGUAGAAGUUGAAAAAAAAAAUGCUAUCGAUUCCUAAAAGUAUUUAAAUAUUUAUUUGUUAUUUAUUUUUAAAUUAUGAAUGAAGUGUAAUUAUAGUUCGCCUUACGAGUCUAGCACUACGACGUUUGAAGGGCAAGGGGAAAUAUCACCAUUCAUUGCAAGCUUUAUGCUGCCUGUCAUACGAAUGCGUGCAACGUUUUUAAAUAUAACUUUUUCCCUAUAAAUAUAGGUGUGCAAUAUAAAUAAAUAUUGAGGUAUUUUUUAUUGGAAGUCAAAUAGGCAAUAUUGCAAUUUUUUCAUGCGCAUUCUUUCCAUAGUGCUAGACUCGUGCGGCGAACUUUAUUUUACUUGAAUAAAUUGAGCUCAUUUGGAUACCUUUUCACUAAAUACAUGCCAUUGUGAUUAUUAUUUUUUCAAUAGGUUGAUGACAACAUUAGUCGAGUUCGGAAAAAAGCUCCAAGACCAUAAAAGAUGAAAGUUUUGACAGUUGUUAUGUGUUAAACUUAUAUGGAAUCAAUGUUAGGAAUUCUUAUUUUUGCAUUGUGUUACACAAAUAUAAGAAUAUCCUAAAAUAAAAAUUACUUAUCUAUAAAUAGAACGCUUGUUUCCGGAAAAAAACGGUGUGCCGAUGUAAGGGGGUGUGUGUGACGCAGAGCACUUUAUACGGUAACCAAGGGACUAAAGGACAACCGAGAAAGUACGUGAGUUUAGUUGCCUUCUAUUAGAGUUAGUAGUACGUCGGUGACGCGCUGCGCUUUUAUCAGAUUUCUAGAAUACGGGUUCGAUUCUGUCUUUUAUCGUGCUACCCCAGUAUUUAUUGAUAACUGAUUUAGUUCUAGUAAAGAAACUUUGUUUAUUAACUCAAUUGCCUUUCUUUUAAUACAGUCCACUUACAGUUCCCAUCAGUGUCUAAGUAGCAAAGUACGUCAAGUCUAUUCUAUUAGAGACCUCUGAACCGUGCAUGCGAUGUUGUGUCAUUUAACAUAACAUAAAAUUUGGUCCUUCGAGCCGGAUAAUUAGUGUGUCAAUAAAAAGGCAAGUGUUUUGGGGUAGUACGCGAAGUGAAUUUGAAGCAGCAGCCAACCAGGUAACAUAAGCUUAAGUAGGGUCAAUUCUGGUUGCAAAUCAGUUUGGAGUGGUCUUCAGCUCAGAAGGGCGUCCUAUGCAAUCAGCCUACAAGAAGUGUGUUCCUGUCAAUUAAAUUGCAGUCUAUGAAGCAAUUUAUUAAGU